AUGUUGACCACACCCGACCUCCCUAUUUCGAUAGUGUGCGUGCACGCCGAGGGCGAAAUCGGCGACGUUAUUAUCAGCGGAAUACCAGACCCAAUGCACUGCAACACCAUGUACGAAAAGCUGGUGCACUUUGAGUCGAAAGCCGACCAUUAUCGACAACUACUCAUGCAAGAGCCGCGAGGGCGCGUCUCGCAAUGUAUGAACCUGCUGCUCACACCGUGCCACCCAGAAGCCGACGCAGGCUUCCUCACCCUCGAGAGCGAUGAAUACGCAACCAUGAGCGGCAGCAACACAAUCUGUGUCACGACGGUACUACUCGAGACUGGCCGUAUCGCUAUGAAGGAGCCAGAGACCAAAGUCGUACUCGACACAGCAGCGGGGCUUGUGCGCGUCCGCGCCCGCUGCGCCGGCGGCAAGUGCCUCAGCGUGGAAUUCGAUAACGUCCCUUCAUUUGUCUACGAACUCGACGUGCCCGUCUGCGUACCCGGCAUAGGCGAAAUCUCCGUCGACGUAGCCUGGGGCGGCAUGCACUACGCCAUUGUAUCCGCCGACGCCGUCGGCCUGAGCAUCUCGCACCAGCACGGGGCGGAUCUAAUUCGCAUUGGCGAGGCCAUCCGCAAGAGCGUGCAAGACAUUUACGAGCCGGUGCAUCCGCUCAACAACGGGAUCCGCGGCGUAUCAACGAUGCAGUUUACAGAGCCUGUCCAUCUCCCCGCCAAAGUCAAGACCGCCACAAACACGGUCGUCGUGUCGCCUGGCCGCCUCGAUCGCAGCCCUUGCGGCACCGGUACCUCGGCGCGCAUGGCCGUCUUGCAUGCACGCGGUCAAUUGGCCGUGGGCGAAACUUUUACCCACAAGAGUAUCAUCGGCACUAAGUUCCAGUGCAGCAUCGUCGGUACCACAAAGGUUGGCCGCUACGACGCUAUCUUACCCCGCGUCAGGGGCCGCGCCUGGAUCUCGGGUUACAGACAGGUCGUCGUGGAUGAGGAGGAUCCGUUUCCCCUAGGCUUCAGAGUCGGAGAUAUGUGGGGGCCUGAAUGCGGUAAUGCUGGUAUGGCCGUCGACAGCUGA